AUGCCAGCAGGUGUAAGUUGGGGCAAAUAUUUGAAAUUUACCACCUGUGCUAUUCUAUCGAUGUUGGCAGGCUCUCAAGUUGUUCAUAUUUACUACAGGCCCUUAGAUGAUCUCGAUAAAUAUAUUGAGGAUGCAAAAAAAAGAGCUGGAAUGUCAUAGACAAUAUUUCAUUGAUUGUUGUAUCCAGCCGCAACCUCUAAAGAGUCUAAAGGGCCAAAAUGAAGUAGUAGCAGUGUGUUGUAAUUCGUUUGGAAAUAAAAAAUAGGCUCUAAUAUAA